CACAGUGUCUGGUACUUAGUAGGUACUCAUAUAUCAAUGAAAGGGCUGAUCUUUAGGAGUUUCACCAGACUGUGGAAGGUGCUUCUGGGAAUGAGUACGUUUCCAACUGCACUUCAUUCUCAAGUUUUGUGGCCAACGAUGGAUAGGAGGUGGAUUGUGAUGUAUUCGGAACAUGGGACCUUGAGGAGUUCCGUAACCAAAAGGAGAAAGUAACAACAGCCAGUGGAGACAAAAAGAACUGCUUCUCUUUCUUUCCCCCUCCAAGUUCCUAGUGGAGGGCUGAGUCCGGCAUCCCAGACUCGUGUGACUAUAUAGGCAAGCAUUUGGAGACCUACUUCACUUUGAUACCCUAGCCUUCAGCAGCUCAAGGUGUUGGCCUUUGGAUAGGAGGCUUCCAAGUAGUAAAGCUCCCUGCUCUCAGCAAGCCCAACACCAUGGGGAAGGGUGAUGUCUUAGAGGCAGCACCAACCACCACAGCCUACCAUUCCCUCAUGGAUGAAUAUGGUUAUGAGGUGGGCAAGGCCAUUGGCCAUGGCUCCUAUGGGUCGGUAUAUGAGGCUUUCUACACAAAGCAGAAGGUUAUGGUGGCAGUCAAGAUCAUCUCAAAGAAGAAGGCCUCUGAUGACUAUCUUAACAAGUUCCUGCCCCGUGAAAUACAGGUAAUGAAAGUCUUGCGGCACAAGUACCUCAUCAACUUCUAUCGGGCCAUUGAGAGCACAUCUCGAGUAUACAUCAUUCUGGAGCUGGCUCAGGGUGGUGAUGUCCUUGAAUGGAUCCAGCGCUACGGGGCCUGCUCUGAGCCCCUUGCUGGCAAGUGGUUCUCCCAGCUGACCCUGGGCAUUGCCUACCUGCACAGCAAGAGCAUCGUGCACCGCCUGAUGCCCAGCCUUUCUGCUGCUGGUAGGGACUUAAAGUUGGAGAACCUGUUGCUGGACAAGUGGGAGAAUGUGAAGAUAUCAGACUUUGGCUUCGCCAAGAUGGUGCCUUCUAACCAGCCUGUGGGUUGUAGCCCUUCUUACCGCCAAGUGAACUGCUUUUCCCACCUCAGCCAGACUUACUGUGGCAGCUUUGCUUACGCUUGCCCAGAGAUCUUACGAGGCUUGCCCUACAACCCUUUCCUGUCUGACACCUGGAGCAUGGGCGUCAUCCUUUACACUCUAGUGGUCGCCCAUCUGCCCUUUGAUGACACCAAUCUCAAAAAGCUGCUAAGAGAGACUCAGAAGGAGGUCACUUUCCCAGCUAACUAUACCAUCUCCCAGGAGUGCAAGAACCUGAUCCUCCAGAUGCUACGCCAAGCCACUAAGCGUGCCACCAUUCUGGACAUCAUCAAGGAUUCCUGGGUGCUCAAGUUCCAGCCUGAGCAACCCACCCAUGAGAUCAGGCUGCUUGAGGCCAUGUGCCAGCUCCACAACACCACUAAACAGCACCAAUCCUUGGAAAUUACGACCUGAAAAUGGCUGAAGGAGGGGGCUAAGAGAGGAGCAAAGCAGGAGGUCUUGGGCUAAAAAUCUUUUAUACCAAAAAUAAAUCUAAGUCUGAUUUAGUUUCAUCAA